AUGGCGGCUGCAAUCGGGAAAUAUGCGGCAAACAAGAUGCUGAAGAAGGAAAUGGACAAGUACAAGUCGAAGAAGCCGGAGGGUGGAGAGGACCCCUACUUCGCCUACGUCGAGGACCCUCGUAGGCCCGGCAAACCCAAGAAGAUCAAGAAGCAAAUCCCCGCCUACAUUCCCCAACACGACGCCGAAGUCCUCGCCAGCGUCCGCCGCAAGUCCUACCGCCUCGAUAUGUGCCUCUUCAACUUCCUCGGCAUCCGCUUCGGCUGGGAGGCAGUCAUUGGCAUCAUCCCAGCCUUCGGCGACGCGGUCGGCGUCCUGCUGGCCCUAAUGGUCUUCCGCAAAUGCUGCUCCAUCGAAGGAGGCCUCGACCAGAGCAUCAAGAUGCGCAUGAUGCUCAACAUCAUCGUUGAUUUCGUCGUAGGCUUGGUCCCGUUUAUCGGCGAUCUGGCGGACGCGGCGUUCAAGUGCAAUACCAAGAAUCUACGGCUGCUGGAGGAGGUGCUGGAUAAGAAGUACAAGCCGCACACUAGGGAUGAGCGGGACAUGGUGGGUGUGAACAAGGAGGAGAGGCGCAAGAAGCGGGCGUCGGGCAUCUUUACGCCUAAUGACCCGCCGCCGGCGACUGCAUUUGAGGAGUACAGCGAUGAUGAGUAUGCGCCUGUUUCGCGCAAUGGCACGAGGGUGCAGCAGCCGCAGCGGGCGUACAGUGGUGCGAGGAGGGAUGAGCGGCCGAGACACGAUAGGCCUGUGGAUAGUAGGGCGCCCAUGAGGCAGGAGUCUGGGAGGGCGCCAAUGAGGCAGGAGACGGGGAGAGUGCGGGCUUGA